AUGCGAGUACUGAAAGCUUUCGCGAUGGACUCCUUCAGCGCCGACGUCAACCGAGCCAAGCGAAAAUCCAAGGCAACGGAACUGGCUUCCAGUGUGAUCCUGAAAUCACUGGAACAGCGUAGCAGGAGACGUGACCAACCACAGCUGGACUUCGAUGGCUAUCCGCCAUCUGUUUACACGCGGCAAGCGUCGCGUAGAGCCGGCCGCGAAACACCGGAGGAGACCAACGAUGACGAUGAGGUCGAAGAGACGACCCGAUUCGGCGAGGGUGGCAAAGUUACGCUGCAGAUCCCGGGGAAGCUGUUUGGCAAUGCAACGAAUUUGUUUCUGACGCUGGCGAAGCUGUUCGGUGAUUUCAUCACGAACUCAGCCUAUCGGAAGGCCCGCUUCCUCAAACUCUUCCAGCCGCUGUUUGGACGGAAUUUGUACAUACAAAUACCGAUGAGCACAACGGAAUCGAAUGACAUUUGAGAUUGUAGUUUCGUAGCUUAAUAAUUUAAUUUUAUUGUGUUGUGUUUUAUUUCCGUUUUUAGAUCAUCUGUUAUACAGUGCAUAGAAUAUAAUAGUGUUAUACCACCGUUGUAAACAAAGGUAAUUGUUAGCACAGUUAGACAUUAUAACACAGCAGGGACAUACGUUAUGUAGCAAACAGCAAUGUAUACGAUUCGGCGUCUUCUAAAGGUUUUCCUAAACAGUUACCGUUUAGGAAAAUGCUUUCUAAAUUUCCCGUUGUAUAAACGAAGUGUUGAAAUAAUAAAUUUCACCCAAAGUGUAAUCGAUUUUAUUUUAUUGGAACUAGAGAACUGGUACUAGCCGAUCCUCUGAGACCCUUUGCCUUUUUGAGGAUUAGUUCUAGGAGAAUCAACUGAGACUAUUUUUAUGUGUAGUAAUACUGUUGGACACUUUUAACGAGAUUAUUCAAUUUAAAAAUAAAAGGGCAAAAUGCUUCGGGAAACAUUCAGAAGGGACGAUGAUGCCAGUGGGAGAAAAUAUCAAAUCUCAAUUUCCGGCAACGGGAGA